AGCCCAUUGUUCAGUUUCAGAAGAACACUGCAGAAUGCAGAGUCGCCCCUCUCUAUCUCCUCCUCUGCUAUUCUCUCUCUCUCUCUCCCCGUCUCCCUCUCUGUAUAUCGAUCUCCUGAUGGACUCAGUUUCUACGCUUUCUCUGUACUCUCAUCCAAACAUAUGCUUACGGCUACAGCCGCGGAAGCGCGGGCCGCGAGGCGAAGCUACAGUGCGCUCGACGGGAUAUUGUGCACCGUGGGUGCUGUUCCCGACUCCCACGGCGCCGUUUAUCAGUACAAGAAGAAGUUUGAGGGGGAAACGCUUGGUUGUGAAAGCUGCUGCUGGCGGCAGUGCGCGGCGGCCGGCGAGUGAUCGGAGGGCCUACAGGCAGUCUCAGACUGCAUCUCCUUUGUCGGCCGGUCCUGCCAAGGAGAUUGCUUCAUUCAUUGUUCCAGCCGGCGCUUUUGUUGCUAUUACUUUUGUUAUAUGGAAAUUAGUGGAAAAGCUUCUCCUUCCAAAGCCAAGAAGUUCUCCAUCCAUUGAAAACAAACCUUCUACUCAAGGAAUGAAGUGGUCCUUUGCACCUGGCACUAAUUUAUUAACAGGUUUCAGUGCAAAGGUUGAGAGAGAGUCCAAACAAAGGCUGAAUGAAUUUGCCAAAGAACUAAGGUCAUUUCCAAGUGUUGACAUGUCAGGUUGCAACUUUGGAGAUGAAGGAUUGUUUUUUCUUGCUGAAAGCUUGGCUUACAAUCAGACUGCAGAGGAAGUAAAUUUUGCUGCGAAUGGAAUUACUGCAGCUGGGUUAAAAGCCUUUGAUAGUGUUCUCCAAUCGAACAUUGCACUGAAGACUCUUAAUCUCUCUGGAAAUUCCAUUGGGGAUGAGGGAGCUAAGUGCUUAUGUGCCAUUCUCGCUGAUAAUGCUGGGAUCCAGAAACUGCAGCUGAACAGCACAGAUUUGGGUGAUGAGGGAGCAAAGGCUAUUGCUGAUAUGUUGAAGAAAAAUUCAAGCUUACGAGUCCUUGAACUUAACAACAACAUGAUUGACUAUUUUGGAUUUACGAGUAUUGCUGGAGCACUCCUGGAGAAUAAUACUAUACAAACUUUGUAUCUCAAUGGCAACUAUGGCGGUGGUUUGGGGGCUGCAGGUCUGGCCAAAGGUCUGGAGGGAAACAAAUCUUUGAGGGAACUCUAUUUGCAUGGAAAUUCUAUUGGGGAUGAAGGGGUUCGUGCUCUUAUGUCUGGUUUAUCUUUACGCAAAGGGAGAAUUCAACAUCUAGACAUUGGAAACAAUGGAAUUAGCUCAAAAGGUGCCUUUCAUGUUGCUGAAUAUGUCAAGAAAACCAAGAGCUUAUUAUGGUUGAACCUGUAUAUGAAUGAUAUUGGAGAUGAGGGAGCAGAGAAAAUUGCUGAGGCUUUAAAGCAGAACAAGACACUAACAAACGUAGAUCUGGGAGGUAACAACAUCCACGCCAAAGGGAUCAGUGAAAUAGCUGAAGUUUUGAAAGAUAAUUCUGUCAUUACCAAUUUGGAACUUGGUUAUAAUCCAAUUGGACCAGAUGGAGCAAAGGCUUUGUCUGAAGUUCUCAAGUUUAAUGGAAAUAUAAAGACCCUUAGUCUGGGUUGGUGUCAGAUAGGAGCCAAGGGGGCAGAAUACAUUUCUGAUACUCUGAAAUACAACUCUACCAUAUCAACUCUAGACUUGCGAGCAAAUGGGCUUAGAGAUGAAGGUGCUAUCUGUCUGGCUCAGAGCUUGAAAGUGGUUAAUGAAGCUUUGACUUCACUUGAUUUAGCAUUUAAUGAAAUACGAGAUGAAGGGGCCUUUGCCAUUGCCCAAGCUCUGAAAGCUAAUGAGGAUGUGAGACUCACAAGUCUAAAUCUUGCCAGCAACUUUCUUACCAAAUUGGGACAGAGUGCCCUCGCAGAUGCAAGAGACCAUGUGUAUGAGAUGACGGAAAAGGAAGUUAGUGUUGUUUUCUGAAGUAGCAUGAAUAUAUCCUCCAUUACUUUUGUUCAUUACUCUUCAGGCACAUGUUGGUAAUUCGCCCUCUGAGUUCUCAUGCUCUUACUUUUGACCUACAUCCAUCAACCGGGGGAACAUAAAAAUUUUGGCAGUAUGAGAUCAUACUUCUAUUUUUGUGUGUGUGUUAUUUUGUAGGUUUAUUUAUAGUUAGCUUGCGAGCUUUAUAUAUGUUAGCACACUUGAUGAUAUGAUUUAAUAGGAAAGUGAUUCUGAGUCUUA